AUGAAAAAGGGCGCUGGAUGGAUUGCCGAGAUCAAGGUCAAUGGGAAGUCGCAGAGCCGUUGGUUCAACAUAAGAACCUAUGGCAGUUGGCGCUUAACCUUCCUAUUGGCCAAGUUGCAGCGCUUCGUUUGGGAAGCCCAAGUCGCAGCCUCCGAAGCCGAGGCUCCUGCGGCUGCACCGUCGGCUGCACCGUCGGCUGCACCGUCGGCGGUGCCCUCAGCAGCACCAGUGGCCGAGCCGCCAGCUGCAGAGGAGGCACCGUCGGCGAAGGCGCCGCCCACAGCGCGGCACACUAAAGGCGCCAAAGGUGGUACCAAAGGUGCAGGUGCAUCAGGUGCCAAGGGGAAAGGAAAGGCCAACAGCAAGGGGUCAGAUGGUGGAUCUGGUCGGCCCUCGGCCUUGAAACGGCCCAGGGAUGAGGCCUUGGAUGUGGCAGAUGAGAGCUGGGGCCGGCUGCCGGUACCACGACUGGAGCAAGCGGAAUCACAGAAGCGAUCCGCUGAAGAGCCGAAGCUGCCACAAGCCAAGGCCUUGAAGAGAGCAGUGACUGCCACAUCUCAAACUUCGGGCGCGGGCCCAGCGAAGUGGCGACAGUGCCUGGAUCGCUCUGGGGGUAUUGCCAAGGGGCAGGUGAGAAAAUUCAUUGACUUCAUGGCAUCAGAUGACCUGGAGACCAAGAAUCGCAUGGUGGAAGCCCUGCGACUGACCGAGCCAAACCCCAGCCGACUGCUGCGCUUCGUGAAUCAGGGCGGUCUCAUGAAAUUGGUCUUUUGGUUGGAGCGCGCCUUGGCAGAGCCUUCCGGGAAAGAAGUGCACCACUUCAUCAUCAAUGCAUUGAGAUCCAUCCAGGUAGUGGCACCAGGGCGCGUGGACAAAGAAAACAUGGGAGAGAACGCGGUGAAUCACUUGCUGGUGAUUUUGCGGCAAGCCAAGCAGAGGGUUCAGGCCUCUCCGCAAGCCGAGCUGCGCGCCGCCGUGCGCCGCAUGACGGCGCGCUCGGCGCAGCGCCGCGCCGAGGCGGUGCCCUUUGCACCGCCUGCGCGGCGCGGCGCGCAAGGCGCGCAACCGAAGACGCCGCCGCUGGAGGUGGUGACAGUGGACGAGGUUGAGGCCGUUGAGGCAGUUGAGAAGCCGGAAAUUGUGAGACCCGCAUUGAUACAAAAAGCAAAACCAUCCUCCUCCAUUCGGACGGAGUCGGAAGCAUCCGAGAUGGCGCCUCCAACAGCACCACCUGCAGCAUCUCCCAUGGCAUCCCCAGUAGCAUCCCCGGUGGCAUCCCCUGUGGCAUCCCCUGUGAAACACGCAGCUGAUGAACAGACUUCCUACAUCCCAACACCAGUCGCGCGUGUGGCACCUGUCACUCGUGUCAGACCGCCUGUGGCACCGGCUGUGGCAGCAACCGUGGCACUGCCACAAGUACAGCCAGCUGUUCCCAUGCCAGUGCCUGCCGUAAGACCUUUGAAUUUAUCAGACGGGCGCCGGCGACCCUAUCCUUUGCCCAUGAACCCCCUCCAGGCACGUAACAGGCUCAGCUUGCAGGGCAGGAUGCCUAUGGCUCCAGUGUAUAGACCUUGGAAGCCCAGGCCCCAAGAACCGCAGCAAGCCCAGCCGGCCACCAGUCCCCAAGUUCCUACGGUCCGAAAGGCCAAGCCCAGCAGUGUCACUCAGCUCCAACCAAAGGCUGCAGAUAUCCCAGCUGCAGGCCUUCAGCAGAGGAGUCCUGGGCUGCUGAGCCAGUUGGCAGGUGUGGAGCAAAGUGAGGAUGGUGAGGUUUCUGUGCAGGAACCUGUGCAGGAACCUGUGCAGGAACCUGUGCAGGAACCUGUGCAGGAACCUGUGCAGGAACCUGUGCAGGAACCUGUUUUGCCAGAGGAAUCCUUGAGAUCAGCGACUCCAAAGGCGUCGGCUAUGUCGGUGGCACAUCCCAAGUCGAAGUCUAAACUGUUUCUGCAGCCGACGCCGAAGACGCGAGCCGUCCCUGUCAGCCAAGUGCCGCAGAUGGUGCCACAGAAGGUUGAAGGGGUGGAUGAAGUCCCAGAAAAUCUACCCAAAAUUGCCAAGGAGGCACCCGAUGCAGGAUUCUUGGCUGCGGAGGAAAGGUGGUGGUGGGAACAGACACAACGAGAUCUGGCGGAGGCUGUGGCACCUCUGCCUGAUGAGGCUGUGGCCGAGGUUGAGUCGAUGGAUGGUGGGGACUCGAUUUCUGCACAGUUGCAGCACCAUGCAGCACCAGUUGAACCUGAAGCAUUUGAAGAAACACCUGAAGAUUGGGGACAAGAUGGUUCUGGGGAAGGGGUUGAGGAAGGCUCCCAAGACACUCCCCAGGAAGGUUCUCAGGACCUUGCAGCCGAAACAAGAGGGGACACCAUUGUGGAAACAGGCGAGGAUAUGGCUAUGGAUGACACUGAUAGCAUCCACCCCUCUGAGUUGGAUGAGUUGGAAAAGCAGAUUUCGGCCGAAACUGAGCGGGUUCAGGCACUGGAACGAAAUCUGAUGGUUCCUCCGGAAGAAGACUCGGACACCGAAGAAGAAGAAGGCCUACCACAUACACCUUACCCACCCAAGCCGAAAGAGCAGAAACCAAAAGGACGAGCAGGGAGAAAGAGUGCCAAAAGUGAGGACAGAGAUACCAUGGAAUCCAUGGAAGUGAUUGAAAGCCUUGGUAUCUCUCCUGAAGCCUUGCUAGUGGCCCCUGCCACCCCACCUAUGAAGCCACGAGCCGCGGGUGCGGCCCCUCGGACACCUCCUUUGGAUCCGGAGGCCAAGGAACCGACAGCAGAAGAUGCCAAGGCAUUGGAAAAGCUGGUGAGCUUGAUCGGUGCCCCCGGCACGCCUCCCAGAUCUGACCCCAAGUCUCCCAAGUCCAAAUCUCCUGCUGCUCGCAGUUCUCGCCAGUCACAUUCGCCCGUUCUGAUCCCAACCUCGACUUUCAUGAAGACUGAGCCUGACAGGGAGGUUUACCAACACACAAACGCAAAGUCGUUAGAGGAACUAUUUCAACAAGGCUUUGAGGCACAUCAAGUAACUCAAGUCCCGGUAAAGCUUCAAACAGAUGAUGAUGCUGGCCUGGACCUGCGAAAUGCGUUGGUGAAAGCUGUCCUCAAUUCGUCUCCAAUGCUGCUCGGGGCUGUGCCGGAGAACCCCUACGAACCGGAGAUCAUUGCAGGGGCCGGAACCAUGUACCAGUCAGCCAUGGAAAACUACAAUGAAAGUGUUCUCAUGACCACGGCUGCCACUUCCUUCGCUGAGAAGAUCCUGGAAAGCGCCAUGGCGGGCGACAGCGGGGACAGCGGCGCGGCAGCGAUGGAAACAAAGAGGUUUGAGCCAUAUCCAUAUGGACUGGACAUGUAUGCCCGGCCCUGGCAGUAUUUUGCGCUUUCGCUGUGCUUUUCAUCCGCAGCCUUUGACCCGCGAUGCCUCACCGCGGCGGAACUGGCACCCUGUGAUGGGGAUCCAUGCCGGAACGAGUCUCGGAGCAUCGCAGGGCUCAUCGAUUGCUGGAACAACAUCUUUACCCACAGCUAUUGCUGUGUCGAAACGCCCUGCUUUUCAUGGGGAUCUUGGACCACCUCUGCCCCCAUCAAGACUGAACUAGCGCAAAGUGGUGUGGUUUGCCGCCAUCUCUGCCAAGCUGAGCCCGGCUGUCACCAGUGGAGUUUCAUCAUCCCAGAGUCUGACAGUGGUGGGCCAUGUUUGAUGUACGACAGCUCCAUCAAGUUCACCCCCACAGACCUUCCGGUGGUCUCAGGUCUUCGCUUCUGCGCCCCGGAAACUGCUUGGGAGGCCCCCCAGAAACCCACAAGAGCUGACCUCCGAAAGCAGCAGCUGCCGGUCUUCUGGGCAGAGGAUGAUAGCGCUGCAACCGGGGCAGCGGAGGCAAUCAAGGGCCACGGCUGGGCGGUUCUGAAAGGAGCUGUAGCAGAACUGCAGCUGAAGCUGUUGAGGUCAAAGGUGUCGAGCGCGGCUGACGAGUUGCUAGCGAGAGACCCGCAACGCGUGGGAAACCGGGGACCAAGGAGGUAUUCUUUUGGAGGAUCUUCGACCUCACAUCAUAUGGUACAUUUGGCCCCAUGGGCACAGCUCCUUGAUGUACAUCCAGUGGUUCGAACUUUGGAAGAGGUGUUUCAAGGGGAGUAUGUGGCCAUUGGUGGUGGAGGGGACUUUGUGCUGGGAGAGACCGAUUCCCAUCAACGCCUACAUGUGGAUUUGCAGCUGGAAGCAAUGUAUGACUCCGAAAGUCCCGCAGCUGUGGUGGCAAACUUUGUUAUCUCUGAGAUCAGCUGUGAGGAUGGUCCCUUGAGAUUGGUGCCCCAGACACAGAACCUCCCGCUGGCCGGCCGACUUGUGAAGGAUUGGGGCUAUGCUACACAUUUGCAAAAGGAAGACCAUAUCUUGGCAGCGCAGAAUUUGACCUACGUCUUCGCUUGUCCCUUGAGCCCGGGCGAUGUGAUCCUUCGUGACAUGCGGCUCUGGCAUGGUGGCUCCCCGAAUGGGGGGAAAGAGCCACGAUAUCUGCCUUCAGCAGAGUUCCUGUCCCUCAGGUACGCGGAGGCCACCCGGCAGGCACCGGAGGACCACUUCGCGCCGCGCCCGGCGCUGCCCUUUGCCAGCUGGCUGCGGCUGAGCCGGCGAAGCCAACGGCGGAGUCGGGCGAUCCUGGCAGUGGAGCAGCUGGAUGCGGCCGUGCGGGAGGAGUUUCUGCUGAUGUUGCCCUAUGUGGCGGAAGAACGGCCAUAA